AAGGUUGAACUGGGAAUUAUCUGUGUAUCAGUGUGUUUUUGAAAAUUAGGGUUUAAGGGAAAAGAGAAAGAUGAAGAAGGUGGUGGGAAUGGUGGUCUCCAACAAGAUGCAGAAGUCGGUGGUUGUGGCCGUCGACAGGCUCUUCUAUCACAAGCUCUACAAUCGCUACAUCAAGCGCACCUCCAAAUUCAUGGCCCACGACGAGCAAGACCAGUGCAACAUCGGUGACCGAGUCAGAUUGGAUCCUUCGAGGCCUAUAAGCAAACGCAAGAAUUGGGUUGUGGCUGAAAUUCUCAAGAAAGCACGCAUUUAUGUCCCACCAUCUGCUGCUGAUUCUGCCAAUAUCAAUGCUCAAAAAUCUCCUUCGUCUUCUACUUCGCCCUCAUCCUCCUGAGGUUUACGGGCAGCUGAAAGUUUGUGCUAAAACAUUUGAAAAGUUUGGAUUUUUAGACAAGAGAAGGUCCCCAAGAAAGAAUUGCUUUACAAUAUGCUCCGAGCUAAAGUUUGAUGUAUAUUGUUGUUGGCUUUUUGGAAGUUCAAGAAUGCUACUUCUCUUGUUUUGGAUCUUUUCAUUUGCAAGGAUGGAUGGUCUUUUCAUGUACUAAAUAUCUUUAUAAAAACAAGAGAUUUGUAUCCUCAUCAGUGCAUCAGUUUUGCUUGGAGUUUUGAUACAUUUUUUUCCCCUUCAUUUCUUUAAUUGCAUCUGUUGUCAUCAAAGAGAAUUUCUAAAUAAGAAGGCCAUGGAAAAGCUUUUUUUUUGUUUUA